AUGGCUUACGGCAUCCGCCGCCUCUCAUACACUUUUGCCUUCUUAGGUAGCAUCAUUUUCGUCCUUUGGGCUGUUCCCCGUGCUAUCAAGCCCACGCAACCUGACGAAAAUGAGACCGAGCGAGACAAGAAAUGGAUCAAUUCCUCGCCCAACUUCCUCGACCGCCAAGCUUGUCGUUGGUUGGGCCUAUGCGGGAUUCAGCACAUACGGUGGGAUGCUCCAGCCUUGUCCCACGGCAUGGGCGAGGCCGUCAUGGAUGAAUUACGAAAGCUGGCUUUGGCGUGGGAAGGCGAGGAGGAAUUUGAAAACACGUGGGACCAAGAGGAGGGCUGGAUGGAGGCCGAUCUGAAGAGGAGAGGCGGAGAGAUGAAGGCAAAAGUGGUCGAGAAAGGAGCGGUACCCGACUUUGUGCUGGAUAAUGCCCCAUUGGUGCACUUGUACUCUGGCGAGAACUUUUGGCCAUCGGAUAUUGCAGAGCAUGUCAAGCACAUGAAGGUGGAGUCCUCGUGGGAUGGCGAGAAUGGGAAGAAAGACCUGGCGCUGGACAAUCUGGGGCAGUUGAACGGGGAGAAUGGGACUGUCUUUCUCACCAGCGUCGAUGAUGUCGAGAGCAGGCCUGAUUGGUUACACAGCCAAGUGGGGGUUCCAACCCCUUUCGAUGAUGACGACGACGAUGAUGGCAAUGACAAUAACGACAAGAAUGGCAAUAAUGGAGCGGACUGGGGCUCGCACGACGGUCAGCCUCGCAGAGCAGAUGACGGAAUGACUUGGUGGGAUGCAGACAAGCAACACCCACCUCACCGCAUAGCCGCGCCCAAGAAUCUGGGGAGAGGCUUGCGGCGAAGGGCUUCACCUGCUCAGCGGCCAAUGGUUGGUAGCUUUCCGGAGAAAGGCAAGCCCGACGCCAGCGGGUAUUCCAAGGCACCUGCCGUCCUGGUCCUUGUCGACAAAGGAGCCGGCAUCCUGGAUGCCUUUUGGUUCUUUUUCUACAGCUACAAUCUAGGGCAGACGGUUCUCAACAUCAGGUUUGGCAACCACGUUGGCGACUGGGAGCACUGCAUGGUCCGGUUCCAAAACGGUAUUCCACGGGCCAUGUUUCUCAGCGAGCAUGCCGGCGGCAAGGCAUACACGUGGCACGCCAUGGAGAAGCGGUCCCAAAACCACAGUAAGCCGGCUCGUCCAGUUAUCUACUCCGCUGUUGGAAGUCAUGCCAUGUACGCCAAUCCUGGGCUCCACCCAUACGUCUUGCCUUUCAAGAUGCUCAAGGACAUCACCGACAAGGGUCCACUCUGGGAUCCCGCACUGAACAACUACGCCUAUUGGUACGACUACGAGGUUGAUCACGAGGAAUCCAAGGCAGUCCCGGCAGGUCGAAACCGAACGAGCUUACAGCCUGCGUCGUCAAACCCAGAAGCACCAACGUCCUGGUUCCAUUUUGAUGGGUACUGGGGUGAUGAUGUUUAUCCUCUCAGUGACGAACGACAGUGGAGGCUCUUUGGUGAGUAUCACUACAUCACCGGUCCGUUAGGCCCCAAAUGGAAGUUUCUGGAGCGGAAAAAGGUGUGCCAGACGGAAAAGUGCACCAUCGUCGACAGCAUCGAGGCCGGAAAGAAGUCAGCUUGGUAUUGA